AUGUCGAUUCCCAUCGUCACUAUACCGGAGGCUGCAUUUGACGCUGCAGGACUUGCUGGAGUCGUGGCUCGCAGAAGAUCCCGUCUUUUUCAGUAUUUCCUCAAAUUGACAAACGGGUCUGCAGCCCUUUUGAUUUUGGCAUACAUCAUAGGAAUCUUUGGCAUCAGGCCGUUGCUAGAAACCCGUGCAUUCAGAAGACUCGACCUUCUUGAGCUGGCGAGAUCAAAACUACGGGACUUGUACCUCAAUGUGAUUGGCAGAGUGGAGCAUAUUCCUAUAGUGGCUCUCCACAGACCUGGAACCAAGAAGCUUUAUGCCGAGGCUGUGUGCCAAACUCUGGACUCCCAGGCGUCAGAUGAUACCGAGCUCAAGAAUAUUCGUACCUUGGGCCUGGAGAAGCUCUAUCAGAAGCUUGGUGUAUUGAACGCAGGCUUGAAACAAUGUACAAGUUUCCUGAUCGGCGAGUUGCCGAGCUACCGCCUGGUUGACUCGUCAAUCAAGCAGUUUCAGCAAAAGACGGACAAUGCCUUUUUCAGCCACAGAGAUAUGUUUUUCAGAGACGUUUUGCAGGCAGAUGGCACGUCCAAGGAGAAGAACUUGGCCCUGGAGGCCAAGGGCGAGAUUCGUGGCAUCAAGGGUCUUUUCAUGAGCGGCCAGGCUUACUAG